AGAAAGAGAAAGAGAAAGAAAGAAAGAGAAAGAAAGAAAAAGAAAGAAAGAAAGAAAGAAAGAAAGAGAAAGAAGAAAGAAAGAAAGAAACUUAGCAAAUAACCCUGCUUCUCAUCUGUUCUGAGAAGCUUCCUCUCAGCUGCUAACCUUUAGGGUACACUGCCAGAGAAGUGAGGUUUGAAAUCCCGUGACUCCCGACUUCUGGUAAUCCUCGGUGACAGAAAACUAGAAAGGAGGCCGGGUGCGGUGGCUCACGCAUGUCAUCCCAGGACUUUGGGAGGACGAGGCGGGCGGAUCACCUGAGGUCGGGAGUUCGAGACCAGCCUGACACACGUGACGAAACCCUGUGUGUACUAAAAAUACAAAAAUUAGCUGGGCAUGGUGGCAGGUGCCUGUAGUCCCAGCUACUCCAGAGGCUGAGGCAGGACAAUCACUUAAACAGGGGAGGUGGAGGUUGCAGUGAGCCGAGAUGGCACCAUGGCACUGCAGCCUGGGAGACAGAGCAGGACUCCAAGUCAAAAAAUAAAAAUAGCCGGGCGCGGUGGGUCACGCCUGUAAUCCCAGCACUUUGGGAGGCCGAGGCGGGUGGAUCGCGAGGUCAAGAGAUCGAGACCAUCCCGGUCAACAUGGUGAAAUCCAGCCUCUACUAAAAAUACAAAAAAUUAGCUGGGCAUGGUGGGGUGUGCCUGUAAUCCCAGCUACUCGGGGGGCUGAGGCAGGAGAAUUGCCUGAACCCAGGAGGCGGAGGUUGCGGUGAGCCGAGAUCACGCCAUUGCACUCCAGCCUGGGUGACAAGAGCGAAACUCUGUCUCAAAAUAAAUAAAUAAAUAAAUAAAAAUAAAAAUAAAUAAGAUUUGAAACGUCGCCCUGAGCCGAGCCGAAGUCAGGACCCAGCCUCAGGCAUUCCUUUACAGCUACACGAAUGCACAAAGUCGCAGGUCCUGUGGAAACGGGGGAGAAGGCGGUGCACAUGCAGUGUUUCACUGGUGCUGCUACCCAGCUGCCAUUUUCCGUUGCAUGAAGCCUGUGGUCACACAUCUCUACUCUGCCUGCUUCUCUUUUUUUAAGAGAGAGUUUCGCUCUUGCCCAGGCUGGAGUGCACGGACGUGAUCUUGGCCCGCUGCCACCUCUGCCUCCCAGGUUCAAGCGAUUCUCCUGCCUCAGCCUCCAGAGUGGCUGGGAUGACAGGCACCUGCCACUACACCCGGCUAAUUUUGUAUGAUUAUUAUUAUUUUACUUUUUUGAGACGGAGUUUCACUCUUGUUUCCCAGGCUGGAGUGCAAUGGCAUGAUCUCGGCUCACCACAACCUCCGCCUCCUGGGUUCAGGCAAUUCUCCUGCCUCAGCCUCCUGAGUAUCUAGGAUUACAGGCAAGCGCCACCAUGCCCAGCUAAUUUUUUGUAUUUUUAGUAGAGACGGGGUUUCACCAUGUUGAUCGGGAUGGUCUCAAUCUCUUGACCUCGUGAUCCACCCGCCUCGGCCUCCCAAAGUGCUGGGAUAUCAGGCGUGAGCCACUGCACCCAGCCUUGUAUGAUUAUUUUUUUUAGUGAGCCACUGAGCCCGGCCUGCUUGGUUCUCCUUAGGGCUUUGUAGACAGCACAAAAAGCAUCUGUAUUUCUGUGUGUGUGCAAGCCUGUGUGCAGGUGUGUGUACAGGACUGUACGUGUACAGAUGUGUGUGCAGUGUAUAGGUAUAUGUCCAUGUGUAGUAUGUGUGCACACGUGAACUGUCUGCAGGUGUCUGGGGAUGUGUAUGGAUGUGUGUGUGUAUGUCUGUGUGCAGAGCUGUGUGCACGUGUUUGUGUGUGCAGAUGCGUGUACAGGAGCAUGUGUGUACAGAUAUGUAUGUGUGCGCAGGUGUGUGUGCAGGAGUGUGUGUGCACGUGUGAGCAGGAGGGUGUGUGUGCAGAUAUGCAUGUGUGUGCAGGAGGGGGUGUGUACAGAUUUGUGUGCAGGUUGUGUGUAGAUGUUCAUGUAUAGUUGUUCGGGCAUGUGCAGAUGUGUGCAGAUGUGUGUGCAGGUGUUUGUGUGUGCAGCUUGUGUGCAGGAGGCCGUAUGUGCAGGUAUGUGUGCAGAUGUGUUUGCAGACAUGCAUGUGUGUGCAAGAGUGAGUGUGUACAGGAGACUGUGCAAGUCUGUGUACAGUUGUGUGUGCACAUGUGUAUGCAGGUGUUUUGUGCAGAUGCGUGUACAGCUGUGUCUGCAGGAGUGUGUGUGUGCAGGAGUGUGUACAGGUGUGUGUUCAGGAAGCUGUGUGCACAUGUGUGUGCAGGAGUGUGUGCAGGUGUAUGUGUGCAAGGGUCUGUGUGCACAAGUGGGUGCAGGAGUGUGUGUACAGAGGUAUGCAGGUGUGUGCACAGGAGUGUGUGCAGGUGUGUUUGCAAGGGUCUGUGGACACACGUGUGUGCAGGAGUAUAUGUGCAGGUGUGUGUACAGAUGUAUGCAGGUGUGUGCACAGGAGUGCGUGUGCCCACAUGUGUGUGCAGCUAUUUGCCGGCGUGUGUCUGCGUCUGCAGAUGUGUGUAAGAUUCACACUUGAGCUGACCACAAAGCCGCUCUGUGGAGCGGAGGUCAAGAGCCGAUGACCUCACUCACAAUUAUAGUUUCCCAAUCCUAUGAAAUGAGGAAGCCGAGGCAGGAGGCGGGCAGGCCAUUAGGACAGAGAGGAGCCGUGAAAGGAGGUGCCCAGGCUGGAGUCCCCCGGAGAAGAGAAGGAAAGCAAGGGGGGCAGCAGGUGCCCUGGGCCCCUCUGCAGCUCUUCUCUCUGGUCAGCAUGAAGUUUCCCCUGGUGACAACCCUUCUCCUGUCUGGGUUGCUGCAGGCUGCAGUCCUCCUGACCGCAGGGAACUCGGGUCGAACAACUGUGGCCCCAGCCUCCAGCCUCAACAUCACGUUUGACUCCAGGACAAUGAGAUUAAGCUGGAGCUGUAAGGAAAACACCACCCUCAGCAGGUGCAUCUUAAUACACAAGAAGGAAGGACCCAUCGAAUACAGGCUCAGGAAGAAAGAAUGUUCGUGUACCUUUCGGGAGGUCACUCUACAUGGAGGAGUCACGUUUGAGGUUCACGUGCAGACCAGCCAAGGAGUAAUUCAAGAAAAAAUGCCUUAUCCAAACUCCGGUAGGGAGGGGACUGCUGCCCGCAAUUUCUCCUGCUUCAUAUACAAUGCGGAUUUCAUGAACUGCAGCUGGGCGAGGGGUCCGACCGCCCCCCGUGAUGUCCAGUAUUUUUUGUCCAUACAAGACUCAAAGGGAAGGAGGGACAUUCGGUGUCCUUAUUACACGCAGGACGCGGGAACCCACGUGGGGUGUCACCUGAGGAACCUGACGGGGUUAACCUCCCGCAAUUACUUCCUGGUGACCGGAACCAGCGGAGAAGCCGGGAUCCAGUUCUUCGAUUCGCUUUUGGACACAAACAAAAUCGAACGUUUCGACCCGCCCAGCAACAUCACCGUGACCUGUAACAAGACGCAGUGUCUGCUGCGCUGGAAACAGCCCAGGACACACCAGCGCCUGCACUACCUGGAGUUUCGGUACCAGCUGCACGUGUGCAGAGAGAACUCCCAGCCUGAUGCUGAGAACACAGUGAUUACAGUCCAGGGUGACUGGGAUAAUAGAUACAACCUCCCAAGCUCUGAGCCCAGAGCUAAGCGUUCUGUGAAGAUCAGAGCCGCUGACUUCCGCAUUCUGACCUGGGGUCCCUGGAGCAAGCCCACUGAAUUUGGCUCUGAUGAUAGGCAGACCAGCUCCGCGCACAUCUACGUGCCGUUGAUCCUCGGGACCCUGGUGUGCGCCCUGGUCCUCGGCUUCCUCUUUAAAAGGUGUGUCGUGAUGCAGCGACUCUUCCCCCCAGUUCCAAAAAUCAAAGACAAACUCAACGAUGAGAGUCAGGUGGAGGACCAGAUAAUCUGGGAGGAAUUCGCCGCAGAGGAAGGGAAGGUCUACCGCGAAGAGAUCCUGACGGUGAAAGAAGUUGCAUGAGACUCAGAGGGUGUAGGAGCAGCAGGCGCCUCUCCGCCCCCGAGACAUUCAGCAACUGUAUUUGUGUUCAUGAUGCUGUCAACCUUCAUAUCGUUUUCUAUGCUUUUGUUUUGUAUCGUUUUUGCAACAGAGUCUCGCUGUGUGUCCCAGGCUGGAGUGCAAUGGCGCUAUCUCGGCUCACCGCAACCUCUGCCUCCGGGGUUCAAGCGAUUCUCCUGCCUCAGCCUCCCGAGUAGCUGGGAUUACAGGCACCUGCCACCAAACCAGGCUAAUUUUUGUGUUUUUAGUUGAGACAGGGUUUUAGCAGGUUGCCCAGGAUGGUCUCGAACUCCUGACCUCAGGUGAUCUGCCCACCUCUGCCUCCCAAAGUACUGGGAUUGCAGGCGUGAGCCACCGCGGCUGGCGUAUAUUUGUAUUUAAAUAUAUGAUAUCUGGGGCCAGGCGCGGGGGCUCACGCCUGUCAUCCCAGCACUUUGGGAGGCCGAGGCACGCAGAUCACCUGAGGUCGGGAGUUCGAGUCCAGCCUAACCAACAUGGAGAAACCCUGUCUUAAAAAAAAAAAAAAUAGAUGAUAUAUGUAGAUGACAGAUAGGUGAUUGAUAGGUGCUAAUUGGUAGAUGACAGAUGAAAAAAUGAUAAAUGAAGAAGUGACAGGUGGAUAGGUAAUAGAUGAUUGACUAUUUGAUAGAUGACUGAUGGAUGAUUGAUAGGUGAUAAUUAGUAGAUGACAGAUAAAAAUAUAUAUGAUAGAUGAACAGAUGAUAGAUAUAUGGGUGAUAGAUGGUAGCUAGAUACGUGACUGACACAUAUUUGAUAAAUACAUGAUGGAUGAACUUCAUUUUAUUUUAGUAUUUUAUUUUGUUUUGUUUUAUGAGAUGGAGUCACAUUCUGUUGCCCAGGCUGGAGUGCAGUGGCACGAUCUCAACUCACUGCAACCUCCGCCUCCCAGUUUCAAGCAAUUCUCUGGCUGCAGCCUCCAGGGCAGCUGGGAUUACAGGUGUCCACCAUCACACCACCAGGUCUUAAUAUUUUUGGUAGACAUGGGGUUUCACCAUGUUGGCCAGGCUGGUCUCGAACUCCUGACCUCAAGUGAUCCACCCACCUCGGCCUCCCAAAGUGGUGGGAUUACAGGGGUGAGCCACCUCGCCAGGCCUUGAUGGGUGAAUUUUAGAUACAUGAUACAUAUAGAUAGAUAGAUAGGUAGACAGACAGACAGAUAGAGAAAUAUGUAGAUAGAUAGAUAGAUGAUAUAUACAUACAUACAUAGAUACAUAGAUUGAUAGAUAGAUGAUAGAUAGACACAUAGAUAGAUAGAUACAUAGAUGAUAGACAGAUAGAUGAUAGAUAAUAGAUACAUAGAUGAUAGAUGGAUAGAUGAUAGACACAUAGAUACAUAGAUACAUAGAUGAUAGAUAGAUGGAUGAUAGAUACAUAGAUGAUUGAUUGAUUGAUUGAUUGAUAGAUAGAUAGAUAGAUAGAUACAUAGAUGAUAGAUAGAUAGAUGAUAGAUACAUAGAUGAUUGAUAGAUAGAUAGAUAGAUAGAUAGAUACAUAGAUGAUAGAUAGAUAGAUGAUAGAUACAUAGAUGAUUGAUAGAUAGAUAGAUAGAUAGAUAGAUAGAUAGAUACAUAGAUGAUAGAUAGAUGAUAGAUACAUAGAUGAUUGAUAGAUAGAUAGAUAGAUAGAUAGAUAGAUAGAUAGAUAGAUAGAUAGAUGGAUAGAUAGAUAGAUAGAUAGAUAGAUAGAUAGAUAGAUAGAUCGGAUCUAUCUGCUAUUUGUCAGGCUCCCUCCUGGAAGUUGGAACUGAUCUCACUUGGUCCAAGGCACCCACCUUAAACCACACUGUUAGACCAUGAAGCCUACAAAGACAGUCUCAGGGGCCAUUCCGGGACCUGAGAGGUCACCGCCCUCCAGCCGAGAGCCAAGGCCAGACUCCGUUUGGAGAAGGCUGUGUCUUGGGUGUUCAGUGUCUAACAAGGGACAGAAGGAAGUAGUCUCCUGGACAUGGGCUUGGCCGGAGAAGAGCCACAGCGAUCCACGUUCAGCCCCUGCCCAUCCACGCGGGCGGAAACACGAGGGUUCCAUGGCCUGCGGCCUCAUGAGUGACAUCAGCAGCAUGGCCACGUCCUCCGUCCGCGCCUGCCUCUCUCCUCCUGUUGAGUAACGCGGUGCUCACCAGCUUCCCUAAUUCUUUAUUAUUAUUUUUUUUUGAGACGGAGUUUCGCUCUUGUCACCCAGGCUGGAGUACAAUGGCGCGAUCUCGGCUCCCCGCAACCUCCGCCUCCUGGGUUCAGGCAAUUCUCCUGCCUCAGCCUCCUGAGUAGCUGGGAUUACAGGCACGCGCCACCAUGCCCAGCUAAUUUUUUGUAUUUUGAGUAGAGACGGGGUUUCACCAUGGUGACCAGGCUGGUCUGGCUCUCUUGACCUCGUGAUUCACCCGCCUCGGCCUCCCAAAGUGCUGGGAUUACAAGUGUGAGCCACCGCGCCCAGCUUUUUUAAUUAAUUAAUUUUUUUUUUUUUGAAGGAAAUUUGCUCUUGUGGCCCAGGCUGAAUUUUGAUGGUGCGAUCUUGACUCACAGCAACCUCCGCCUCCCGGGUUCAAGCAAGUGAUUCUCCUGCCUCAGCCUCCGUGGGAUUAUGGGCAUGCACCACCACGCCCAACCAAUGUUGUAUUUUUAGUAGAGACGGGAAUUUGUCCAUGAUGAUCAGGCUGGUCUCCAACUCCCAACCUCAGGUGAUCUGCCCGCCUCGGUCUCCCAAAGUGCUGGGAUGACAGGUGUGAGGUGUGCAAAUUCAUGCAACGUGUAGUAAGCACAGGAGGCUUUAGAAUGAAGACCGAGCCUCAGAGGCGGACCCAGGGUUCUGCACCGUCCUGUGGUUACAGAAAGCGUGGCGCGUCCGUCCCACAAAAACAGGCCUUUGCAGAGGGAGAAGAGAGAUUCUCCUGCAUGUCCGAUGUUCUUAGGGUUUGCAUCUUCUACCCUGGAGUGGGAGAGAAGGAAUUCUAUUGAGGGGAAGGAAAUGAUUGCUAGGGAGAUCCUCUGGCCAGGUCGGAGCUCAGCGGCGCCAUCUUGGCUCACUGCAGCCUCUACUUCUGAGGCUCAAGUGAUCCUCCCACCUCGGCCUCCUUGGUACUUCGGAUGACAGGCAUCCAUCACCAUGCCUGGCUAAUUUUUGAUUUUCUCAAGAGAAGGGGUCUCGCUGUGUUACCCAGGCUGGUCUUGAACUCCUGAGCUCAAGCCAUCUUCCCACCUCCACCUCCAGAAGUGCUGGGGUUACAGAUGUGAGCCACUGAAUGUGGCCAGAGUAACGUCAUGUAUCCUUGUGGCUGCCACGUGCACUCCGCCCUGAACACGUGAUGAGGUUUCUGUACCUUAUGCUUAUUUAUCUCAACCUUCUGUCCUUUUGGGGGUCAGUUUAUGGGUAUAUGUGCAGGUUUCUCAUAUAGGUAAACUUGUGUCAUGGGGACUCACUGUACGGUCUCUUUAAUCAAACCAGGUACUAAGUCUCAUA